AAGUGUAACAUCAGGGGCGUCUCCGGCGAGGAGGUGAAGGGGGGGGAGGCUGAUGUUGCUUUUCCGGCCCCUUCAGAAACUCCUUAGUUGGACUAUGAAUCGCCAUGAAGAGGAACUGCGAACCGCUGGGAAGCGGGUGCUGGUGGCAGGUCUGGGCAAUCACGGCCUGUGUGACACCCGCCAUAGUGUGGGCAUGGCUCUCCUUAAUCACCUGGCUACCAAGCUGAGCGUGGCUGACCAGUGGAGAAAGGACAAGCGUUGUUGUGCGGAUGUGGCAUUCACCAGCCUUGGAGAGGUGGAGUUGGUGCUGAUGAAACCCCGUAGCUUCAUGAACAUCAACGGCCGUUGCGUAGUCAGUGCUGCGGAGAUGUUCAACCUGAGCGCUGAAGACAUUUACCUAGUUCACGAUGACCUGGACAAGUCCUUGGGAAAGGUCGCCCUGAAGCUGGGAGGCAGCGCAAGAGGUCAUAACGGAGUCCGUUCCUGCAUCAAGUCCCUGAGAUCCGAUCGUAUGGUCCGACUCAGGAUAGGGAUCGGCCGCCCAGUAGGAGAAGCUGCCGUGGACCACUACGUGUUGGGCAGGUUCACCGGAGCUGAGCAAGAGAUCUUACCGCAAGUCUUUGAGCAGGCAGUCACAAUGCUGCUGGGACACAUCCAGCAGAGGAAGAGCAGCCCAGGGACCCCGAUCACUUCUGGGGCACCAGCCAAGACGCCUCUCGGGAUGGAGGGCGCAUAGCAAUCAUGAAUGCUUUGGGUGCUUGUGAGCUGGUGUUCCCGGAAAGAAAGUAUUUGGGGGCUUCUGGUUGCCAGGAUGGGCCAGAACUUGUGACCUGUUAACACACCUGAACCCAGAAUUACUUGGGAGUGGGAUGGGCAGGCAAUGCCCAAGAUUGCUGAAGGGAACUGAGAGGGGGAAGGCAAACCACCAGAACCGAGCAAAUGGAUGUUAUCAGAGAAACAGCGAAUCUAAGGCUAUGGAUAUUCCAUGUUUAUGUGAUCUUACCAUGCAUUGCCUUGCUACCUGAAGUAUCCCCCAAAUCACAGCUUUCAGGGGGGGAAACAAUCCUUCUAGCCCUCAUGAAAGCCAGGCU